AUGCGCUGCAGUACACAUGAGAAGGUGGUCUGUGCCACCUACCAGCUCGAGGGAGAAGCAGAUCUAUGGUGGGAAUCCGUGCGACGCACCCUCACCAAUGAGGCAUUUGAGGCCAUGACAUGGGAUGAGUUCAAAGAAGCAUACCUCACAAGGUACAUUACACUAAGCUUUCGACACAAAAGAGAAAAUGAAGUUUGGAAACUGCGUCAGGGAAAUUGCUCCGUUGAGGAAUACGAUCGUACAUUCAAUCAGCUAGCGCGUUAUGCACCAGCCCACGUUGACACAGACGCCAAAAGGGCAGAACGGUUUAGACAAGGGUUACGCCCUGAGAUAGGUGUGCCCCUGUCCACACACGAUACGCUCACUUAUGCCCAGGCCUUGAGUAAGGCUUUGAACGCAGAAGCUCAGCUCCCUAAGGAAGAGAGAAGGCAAGAGAAAAGGAAGUGGGAAGGGCCUCAGGGCCAGUCCUCAAAUCAGGAUUCGAAGGGAAAGAAACCUUGGGCUGGAUCCAACCAACCAAACUACCAGAAGCCCCAAGUACCUAGGCCAACUUGCCCGAAGUGCAAGAAAGAACACUUUGGGGAAUGCAGGCAAGGGAUGACAGGCUGUUAUGAGUGUGGUGAGAUUGGACACAUCAAGAAAUAUUGUCCAAGGAACAACAGAGCUCCAAUGGCCCAACCAAACCAAAGAGGUCCCCAACAGCCUAACCAGAACAAGGGAGGUCCACAACGACCCAACCAAAACACUAGAGGGAACCCAAAGGGCAACGGGGGCCCAAAGGCACCGCAAGCACCAAGGGCCUACGCUAUGGACCAGCAAGAGGCAGCCGGAACCCAGGGGAACUUAGCAGGUAUGAUCACCAUAGCCGGAGAAAGCAUUUUGGCAUUAUUUGAUACUGGUGCCUCGCAUUCUUUUAUUUCCAAUGUUGUGUGUGAUGCACUAGAUAUUGUGCCUACUAGGGCAGAUAAAGAACUAGAGGUACUCACCCCUUCAGGGAAAACGAUGAGAACAAGGGAAGUUUGCUUGGAUUUAGAACUAAACCUAGAAGGACAUAAGUUCCUCGCUAGUCCCAAGGUACUCUUUAUGAUCGACUUCGACCUUAUCCUGGGAAUGGAUUGGCUGUCAGCCAACAGGGCAACGAUAAAUUGUCAAGAUAGGGAGGUCAUCUUCUCACCACCAGGAAAAGAGCAGAUCACCUACCAUGGAGCCAUGGUAGGGUCCAGCAAAAAGAUAACGGUUAUCACUGCAAUGAAAGCCGUCAAGUUACUACACAAAGGAAAAUGUCAAGCUUUCCUAGUGUGCAUCACUAAGAAAGGGAAUAACGGGGUAAACCUGGAAGACGUUCCAAUAGUACGUGAAUACCCAGAUGUAUUUCCGGAGGAGCUACUGGGUCUACCACCAACUCGUCAACUUGAGUUCACAAUAGACUUAGAACUCGGCGCCGCACCUAUUUCAAAAGCACCAUACCGUAUGGCGCCCAAAGAGCUGCAAGAACUGAAAAUCCAACUGCGGGAGCUUCUACAGCUUGGGUUUAUCCGCCCAAGUGUAUCACCAUGGGGAGCACCAAUUCUGUUCGUGAAGAAGAAGGAUGGAUCGCUCAGAAUGUGCAUUGAUUACAGAGAGCUCAACAAGCUCACCACCAAGAAUCGCUACCCUCUACCUAGGAUUGAUGACUUGUUCGAUCAACUGAAAGGAGCAUCGGUGUUCUAA